AUGGACCAGAUCAGUGCAGGCAAGCCCUCUCUCCUGGCUGAGUUAUGUAUCAUAGGGUGCAUAGACUGUGGAAACAUAUUAGUUUGGCACACUGAAGGCAGUCACUGGAUCAACUUCAAGCCUGUAUUGGAGACUCUGCUAGACAGAGGACACAAUGUUACAGUGCUGGUAAACAGUGCUUCUCUGUACAUAGACCCCACGGAACGCUCUCGCUUCAGCUACCAACCCUUCAAUGGCUCAGUCUCUGUGGAGGAUUGCCUUGAGGAGUUCAUACACUUUUCCAUGUACGAGAUGGACCACCUUUACUACUGGCAGAUCCACUGGAGACUUGAUGAACUCAUACAAAUACAUAUUCAGCUAAACAUGCAGAUUGUGGAUGGACUGUUCAAGUCAGAGAGCGUCAUGGAGAGACUGAGAGAGGCCAAGUAUGAACUUCUAUUAGCUGAUCCCAUUUGGCCUGGCAGUGAGCUGGUGGUAGAGAUGCUGGGACUUCCUCUGGUUACACGUUUCUCUAUCGCCCACAGCAGGGAGAGGCUCUGUGGGCAGCUUCCGGCCUACCAUUUUACGUCCCGAGUGCCAUGGUAAAAUGAACGGACAAAAUUAAUUUUGCUGAGACUGAUGAAUUUCCUGUUCUAUGCGUCGCAGGACAUGACAAUAUACAGUCUUUGGCGUGAUAUAGAUGACUACUACAGUGAUGCUAUAGCCAACAACAACUUGUGCGAUGAUAGGAAACGCUGAUCUCUGGCUGGUCCGUACAUACUGGGACUUUGAGUACCCCCGACCUUUCCUCCCAAACUUCAAAUUUGUUGGAGGAAUCCACUGCAAGACCGCCAAGCUCUUACCAGAGGUAGGCUAUGGCAAAAGCACACUUACCUUAAAUCAGCAUCACUACAAAACAUAUUAAGUAUAUCAACAUCAAUCUGUCCUCACAGAUAUCUGUUUGUCUUCUCCACAG